UCUGGAAGACUGCUGUGUUUACAUUUUGGUCUCAGGGUCUGGCAUUCCCUCAAAUGUUGGUUGAUCAAGAUGUUCCCUUCGCGUUCCCUCUCUAUAGUGAUUAACUUCUGCCUGUGUAUGUGUGUCAUUGCGUUUAUCCGUCCAGCAGUAGUUGGUGCCGAGUACAAUGGAACCUUGGAAUUAGUACAACUGGUGAGAUAAUGAUUAUAUGUACCGUCAUGGAGAUCGUGCUCCAAUUGAAUUAUACCCAAAUGAUCCUUAUCAAGAUCCAUCAAUAUGGCCUGAUGGCUUAGCUCAGCUAACAAAAAAAGGGAAAGCGAUGCAGUACGCAUUAGGGAAAUGGCUUCGCAAGAGGUACGACGGUUUUGUAAGUAAGAAGUGGGAUCCAGAGGAGAUUUAUGUCCGAAGUACUGAUGUUGAUCGGACACUUAUGUCGGCUGCUUGUAACCUGGCAGCAUUCUAUUUUCCUAAUGAUCCUGACCGUUUUAAUGGAAAAUUAGCUUGGAUGCCAACUCCAAUUCAUACUGCACCUUUGUCAAGUGACAAUUUGCUUUCUGUUGACGAGAGUUGCCCAAGGAUUCAAGAGGAACUUGGAUUACAGGAAAACUUACCAAUAGUGAAGAAUGUCACGGAUGAUAGCCAAAAAUUAUUUGAAUUUCUUUCUGAAAAAGCUGGCAAAAAUAUUACAACUAUAUUAGAUGUUGACUACCUUUAUGACACACUUCGCAUUGAGGCUCUCUACAAUUUUUCACUUCCUGAGUGGACCAGUGGUGUUAUGGAGCACAUGAAACUUUUGUCAGAUUUUAGCUUUGAGAUUGUAGCCCUGUCAGAAGAACUAAAACGACUUAGAGCUGGUCCGAUCAUAAAGGAACUUGGAAAUCACAUGAAGGAAAAAGCAGAUGGUAAAUUAGAGAAGCAGAAAAUGUAUGUUUACUCUGCUCAUGAUACUACUUUGGCAACUCUUAUGUUAGGGCUUGGAGUUUUUAACAACAUAGCGCCACCUUAUGCGGCCACAGUGCUUAUUGAGCUUCAUAAAGAGGAUGGUGAUCAUUUUGUCCAGAUGUUCUUCCGCAAUGACACCAAAAUAGUGGACCCACCUUUUGCCCUUACGUUACCUGGAUGUGAAACUAAAUGUCCUCUAGAUAAGUGGUUGGAAAUUACAAGUAAAGUUGUACCAGAUGACUGGGUGGAAGAAUGCAAGAGCCAUGAUGUACCCUAUGAUUUCCACAUGAAUGCUGCUACUGUAGCAGUGUUGGCUGUUGCCCUCAUCUUCGCAUCACUGUUCUUAGGAUUGUGCAUAUACAACGUCAUCCAGUGGAGGCAACGAACAAACUUCCAUUACCAGGCAAUUCCUGCUCACUCGCCAUGAUGUUUUAUGAGGCCUUCGUAUAUUUUUAGAUACCUAGUAAAUAAAAUUAGACAUGCAAUUUUAAAGUUUGUACACAGGAAAGAAUUAUAUUUUUAAGUAACUUUUUUUAAAAGGAGAAUUCUAAUCUAGUUUUCAGGCUUUUAUAAGACUUAAUUUUAUAUUGUAAUGUAUUUGUACCAAAUGUUAUACUGAUCAGAGUUUUAUUGCUUGAAGGUUUUUGUCCUUGGCUUGAUGCCAGGUUUAGUGGGUUUUCUUAGUGACCCAGGAGGUCAUUCAUUUUUAUUUUUAGCUGUAAGUCUACCAAUGGUGAGUUGUGUAAGGUGUUGAAAUGUUUGGAAGGGAAAGCCUUUGUGUUGAUGGAAGGGAAAGCCUUUGUUGUUGAUAAGCAAAAGUCAACUAAAAAUUCCAUCCACAUUGGGAAGAGUUGUAAUUACACAGUUGUCUUUGUAGUGAUAUGAAAUGAGAAAGUGGAUUAAUCCUGGAAUUAUUUGUGAUGAUGACUAUUCUGUAAACUGAUUUUGACUUGAAAUUUGAUAUUUGAAUGAAAUUGAAUGGUGUUCUGAGUAAAUUAAAGUUUAAUGUUUUGUGUGCUGAAGAGAUUGAUAUUUAAAAUAGGAUGCAUAUUACUCAGUUCUUCCUAUGCUCAUUAUAAUUUUGUAGGUGUAAUUGGAUAAAAGUUUCAAUAUUUUGAGCAAAUGCCAUUUUGAACUUCAUUUAUGGUAAGCCAUGCACUUUUAAAUAUUUUUAUAAUUUAAUUUUUAUGAGUAAAAACAGUUUGACACUUGUCUUGGUUGGUUGCUGGGUAAUGUUGUUUGUAAGAUGAUUCAAGAUGUUUAUCAUAAUGUAAAUUGAGACACAGUUGCUUCUCUGAUCAGAUCAACUCAUAUAAGGUUUUUAAAGAUAUAGCAAGGAUAGAAGUUACUUUGUAGUAAAAGUAUGAAAUGUUUUAAAUAUUUUGAGUUCAAGAAGUUGAUGUAUGAUGUAUAGUUGUAUGUUGUCACAUUUGAAUUUUUUUUAAAAGUGCCCCUCAGUUUUGGGUUUCCUACUGAGCAUUUGAGGUCGCAAAAUCAUUCACUAGUUUAUCAGAUGCUUUUAGAGUUUCUGUAAUUUUAUGAUCUCCCUAAAACUAGUUUUAUUUUGGUAUCAGGGUACUUCUUAUGCAUAAAGAAUAUAGGUAAUUUUAUAACUAAAAUAUUUACAUUUGGUACUUUUAUCUACAGGAGUUCUCGACAUAUUUUGUUCCAGGUAGGAUUUGACACUUUGUGCAAGACAUUAAAUACAGUUAAGAGGGACUUGAAGGAAUGAAAAGCCCAAUUGUAGGAAGAUUGUACAUUUCAAAGUUUUGGCUGAAUUUUUAUACAGGAAUGCUUUCUGUUGUUUUAAGAUUGCAUCAGCUGCAAAUAGUAUAGUUAAUAUUUGCAUAGAGAUCAUAGUCGGAAACUAUGAAAGAAAAUAAUUUUUGUGAUAUUUAGAAAUACUACUGUGGUGGUAAUGAUUUUAAGUUAUUUAACCAAACUGCUGACCUAUAUGUUAAAGUUUUUGAGGUGGUUGGGUUAAAGAAAUUAUUAGUCUUUGAAUUUCAGUCUAUCCAGUUAUAUAGUUUCUGUGAAGUACUAGAUGGAAUCUAAUUAAUCUUCUCUUCUGUAAUAACACCCCUCUAUUCAGCUGUAUGAGGGUUAGGACAUUUAGGUCAGCAGUCUGGUUAAGGUAUUUUUUAUAAUGAACUUGAGAGAGCUGGUUAGGAAGGGAAGUCAUGAAACUAGGUAGCACUAACCCGUUCAGUGACAUUGGAAUGAGUGACAGUUUGAUCUUUAAUGAGUAACAGGGAUAGAAUUAGGGUUUGAUGGUACCAUGUUAGAAUUAGUUUUGUUCAUGUAAAGUUGAAACCAAGAUCAAUUUAAAGUGAGAUUUUGUCCAGAAUCAUUGACUAGUGUUUUAUAUUGCUUUGCACAAUUACGCUCCAUUUAAGAUGUAAAUAUUUUGGAGUGAUUUGUUGUAAGAAAUAAGUAUAUAAUACCAAAUUCCUCUGGUGAUAGGACUUUUUCAAUGAGACCAACUUGUACUUUUUUGGAAGUGUGCUUCAAUUCACCACAUUAGUGAAAAGAUUUGUUGUAGAAGUCUGUCUGUGUGUUUGUAAUAUAUGUAUAUCCAGUAGUAAGUAGCUUAGCACAAUAGGAGAACACAGAUAUUGGACAGAUGGACAAUUUUAACUAAUAAAUGGUUGUGUUUAAUGGUUUACGAUCUCAAGUAAUGGAUAACAGUAACUUACAUAGCAUCAUGAAGUGUAUCAACUUGUCAGUGGUUGUCAAUCUUAUUGCUCUUCUUGGAUCCAGGGUCAGUUAUGAUCACAGUUCCUAUCAUUAUUAUCCAUAGAGAUGCUGUUUAUGUACAGGUAAAAGAAUACUAAGAUACGAUGUCAUACAGCUAAGCUCAGAAUGAUUAAAAUAUUUAUUAAAAUGAGUUUGUUGGUUGUGCCUUGUCUGACUCUGGAAUUUCAUUAGCUCAUUUUUUUCUGUAUUCAUUUCCUUAUCCAUAUUCAGUUAGAUUUUCGAUAGUUCCCUAUUGCCACCAUUACAGAGUAGAUGCAAAUUGACCAUCAGUAAUAUAGUAAUAUUUGCAAGUCAUUUUCAAGUAGUUCUAUCUCUUUAAUGACAGUGUUGAGCUCAAAUUAAGCAGUUUUAUGUAGGACAUGAAAUGACUGUGGGCUCUUAAGCUGUAUGUGGAUUUUUUGUGGUAGUCUUGAAACUGCAGGUUUGUAAGGCUUAGAGAACAGUGAUGUCCACACAUUGGAUUGGUUUGUUUUUUUUUACUUGUAACUUCUACUAUUUUUGGUAUCUUGGUUUGCGAUUGUAAGUGAUGCCUGAGUUUUGGGAAUAAUGCUUUUCACUAAGGUAAUCUUAGUUUCUGGAAUAGCAAAGACUUUUUGCAAUGAGUUAGAUUUCAUCAAAUAAAAUUAUCAUUGCUACACUUAACCUAAGAAAAAUAAUUUAGUAAAUUGUCCCUUUGCCAACUUCCCUUAAAUUACUCCUUAAAAAGUAUCUUUUGAGUAAUAAAGUAGGAUUAAAGUCAUUUAUUCAUUGUACUGGUGUAUUUGUUAUUGUGAAAAUAAUAGGAAUUGGAAUCAUACACGGUAUUACAGUGGUAACAACAACACUUCAGAAAUUGCCAUUGCUUAAGGCAGCACGUUUGGAGGUCUGUGCACUGGGAUUCAAGCGAUAUUUGACAACCCUUGAUGUGUAGGUCUUUUUUUUUUAUAUUCUGCUAAAGGAAGGCAUAGUUAAUUUUAAGGUUUACGAAAUAUACCAAAGAAUAUGUUGCAUCAUUGUUGCAAAGGUAAACCAUCAUAAUUAAGAUCUUAAUCUGACUGGAGGGAUCAAACAUGUCUUAGGGUCUACACUGUUUUUUUUUUGUAUCUCAUGGGACAACAUUCCUGUGGUACAUUGUCUUCAUUUCAUAUGUUAACUGCUCUAGUGUUAAGAUAUUCUGCUGUCACUAGUUUCUUUGUUGCCAUGAAAUCCUGUUGAAAUAUGGGUGUUGUCAUGGUUAUAUGUGGCAAUUUUCUUAGUUUUUCCACAAUUUUUCCAUGUUGUUUAUUGGUAGUGUCAUGAAUCAGUGUUGCCUCUAUUAAUUGGUAGUAGUUGUUCCUUUCUGCAGUCGUUUUGUAUUUAUAUAUUUUGAGAUUAUUAUAUUUAGGUUAUGAAAUUAUCGUUAUUUUUAGUCACUAGGUAAUCCUUAGUAGCUUUAUAGAAUAAGGGGAGAGGCUGUCAAACUUUACUGAUGAACAAAGAUUACGAGUUAACUUUUAAGUUAUUUAUGUAUUUUUAGCUGAUUUUAAAAAAUUCAAAUAAGUUUUUAAAGUUUGGGGCUGAAAAAAGCAGAUUUUAUUUGUGGAAAAGAAUUGAUCGUUAUUUUCUGUGGUAUUCACAGGUCAGAAAUAAAAUCCUUGAUUUUUCCUGCAUAGCAGGAACCAUUCCUGAAGCAAUUGCUAAAUGGAAUUAAACUAUGGGGAAAAGUUUUUAUCCCAUCUUAUAAUUGAACACUUCUUAUUUGGAAAUUGCAAUAAAUUUGUGGAUAUUGGUGUAUAUGAUUGGUAAGUUUGCUCUUAAACAUAAAUCUGUGAACUGUCACAAACUAAAUCUAUUGUAAUUGAAGGAGCUAAGAUUGAAGGUUGUACAUGCAAGUACACAUAACUGCUGAAAUCUGAUAGUUAAAGGAUGUUGGUUUCAUUAUCUAUGAUUGCCUUCAGGAUGUUAAAUUGACUGAGAUAGUGGGUUGUAUUUAUUCUUAGACUUGUUACUAGUUCACCCUCUUUUUUUUUUAUUGGGUAGCUUGGGCAUUGUGUUCAGAUAUGUAUGAUUAGUAAUAUGAUGGUUGUAAGUUUUUUAUUUUGAAAAUUUGUGCAAAUAAUGAAAUUGUUUUAUUUUGUGGUUUUUGCUGAAUAUGGGAUUCUGCAAGGAUUGAUGAAUAAUUCUUUUGUGUAGGAGAGUUUUUGUCACCUAAAUCCGAGUAAAGUUGGAUUCCUUGUGUGUAUGCAUAAAGAUUUAAAACUGAGCGGCAAGCUGUACCCCAUUUGGUUUGCUAAAUUAUUGUCAGUUUUGUCCAUGAGUAUAUUUUCAGUUAAUGAUUUAACGAGCUUGCAGUGUUCAGUCUCAUAGUGCCAAAUGAUGGAUGAAAUAAUGUAAUAAGAAAAAAUUAGGAAAUGAUUAUUAUUAUUAUUAAUAUUAUUACUCAUUAGAUGAGAUUCAAAUAUGGUUUAUGCACACAAAUGGAUGUUUUUUAGUAUUGGUUGUGAAGUAAAAAGUUGCAGAGGCAAAAUUCUGUCAGUAAAGUCUGUGUUAGUGUUUUUUUGAUGGACCUUUUGAGUGUUCCAGCUUCUUUUGUGUUAUAUUCCUGGCUUUCCUGUAUCAUUUAACAGUCUUCCCAUAUUUUGUGAAGUUAUUGUAAAACUUAAAAAAAAGAAUAUAUUCAGCAAGUUGUAUAAGUUUUUGUUUUCAUAUGACUUCCAGGAUUUUGUGUGGCAAUUUUGGUGAUGGAAAUGGCCAUGUAUAAGAUUCAUGCUUUUUAGAAUUGUUGGGUGUUAUUUUUCUAAAAAGUGGCACUGUAAUAAUGUGUUCUGUAAUAUUGGAAUACUGUAAUAAUGUGUUCUGUAAUAUUGGAAUACUUAUUUGCUCAUUGUGGGAAAGGAGAGUAGUCAUUGCUCAUUUUGGUAUAGCUUUAUUACAUGGAUAUUUAGUAUGUAAAACUGUUGUGGAUAUUUUUGUGCACUGAAAAUCCCAUUAAGGCAUUAAGUUGUACAGUGUAUUAUUUUCAUGGGAUGGGAAGUGCAAAUCAGCAAGCCAGUUGAUUAGGCUUAAUCAGUAUAAUAUUUUUAGUCUUUUGGUUGUAUGAGAACAUUAAAAAGAUGUCCAAGGGUGCAUGCACUAUUGAAAACUUUUGGUGUGGGGUGUAUGGGUCAAGUGGUGACAUUUUGUAAGUUAUAUUGAUUAGUAAUAAUUAAUGAAAAUUGUAUAAUUAUAUCUUGAGCAUUCUAACAUCAUAAUUUCUAAAAUAUUUGCUUAUUGAUUUGUGCUUGAUGUCUCAUACUGUAGAAUUUGUUAAACAAUGUAUUGAGGAAUUAUAUUUUAUUUGUUGUUAUUUAAACAGUACACUGGUGUGUGUUGAUUUUUUAAAAGGAUGUCAUGAUAUUGAACCAAGAUGAAUUUAACAAGCCAGAUAUGAUGUCAAGAAGAAAAUUAGAAAAAUCCUUUUGCAUUCUGUGCCAUGGUUGCAUCAGUUUAAAAACUGAAAGCCAAAGAAGGUAAGGUUUUUACAGUAACUGUAAUAUUGAAAGUAAAGAUAUUUGCAGUUGCAAAACUUAGAUGUCAAUUUAUAUUACAGUACAAUAGUUCUCAUGGCAUGAUAGAUUAUAAAUUAAUUUCUCCUGAUGUGCUUAACAUGUUUGACUUAGUUUUCAGUGAUAAAGUUCUUUAGUUUUUCAGUAUGCUAAAGUGUGAAUCGGAAGACUAUAGUACCUAUUUUUGUAGUCAGAAAAUUUAAAGGUCAUUGAUGAUGUUUUGAAAACUCAAACUUCUUAAGUAGGUUUGCUCAAUUCUUAAUACGUAUUCUUUAAAUUUUGUAAUUCAAAAUUUCUUCCAUAAACAGUAAAGUCUGCCAGAAUGGAA